AUGAGUAUAAUUUCCACUAUUGUGCGACUGGUGGUUCUUUUUUCUUUAGCAAAUAAUGCCACUGCAUCAAGUUUAUCAAAUAUUUUGAAACUAUUAAAUAUCCAAGAAUUCGAACUCCCCAAUUUGAAUUUUAAUAAUACUUCUAAUUCGAUACAAUUGUUAGGAGAUGUAGAAAAUCUACAAUUUUAUCAUUAUGAAGGCCAACAAAACUUUACUGAUGACGGGAACUCAGGUAUAAGUUCGACUAAUAACUUAAUAUACUAUUCUGAUGAUGUUUUAAUACAACUGGAAGUAGGAUCAAAUGAUACUGAUAUCCAAAAAAUAAUACCUGUUGGAGACGAUUCUUUUGUAUUGAGUGGAUCGGGGCAUCUGAAUGGAUAUGCUCUAGGCAGACAAUUGCUUUAUAAUUUAACCACUUUAUCAAUUAAACCAAUUUUUGAUCAGGACUUGGGUAACAUAACUUCUAUUUUAGUGGAUGAAGAAAUUGUAUACUUUGGAGGUGAAUUCACAUAUCAAACACGUUCACAGAAUUCCAGCUCAGUGAUCUCUUGGAAUAUGACAAGUGAUGAAGUUAUAGAAUUACCGUUUCAAGGUUUCGGAAGUGAUUCAAAAGUUAAUUCCAUAUUAAAAUUAAACGAUGAUAACAUUCUUUUCGUUGGUAUGUUUGAUACUCUGGGUAAUAGUUCAUUGUUAACUUAUAAUACAACUAGCAAUUUCUCGAACUUUACAAAUUCCACAGAAAACUCUUCAACAAUACAGUUGGAACAACAAAUUUCCCUUAAGUACGCAACAUGGGAUGCAGGCACUGCGUAUUUUGACCAAAACAAUUUUGUGUGUGAAGCUGGUUCUUCUGAAGCAUGGAUUGUUGAGGGCAGAUCCGGAAAUUUACAACUUAACUUCCCUAACACAGUUUCCCCUUCAAAAAUUAGAAUUUAUAACGCCAAUACAGCAGAAGAUGGUGUUUCACUCUUUAGAAUUGUAACAAGUCCAUCGAAUGGUAUUAUGAAUCUCACCUAUGUUGACCCUUUGACAGGGCAAUUGAAAUAUUGUGAUGCAUUUUGCCCUUUACUUAAUAGCUCAGGUUUAGAAACUGCCUCCAGCAAUUCAACAUCGGAAACACGCCAACGUGUAUUUAUAAAUAAUAAUACUACAAGUGUUACGUGGUCAGAGAGUUACCAAGAAUUUGCAUUCAUAAAUAAUAUUGACGUUUCAGCAUUAACCCUAAUUGCACAAGACUCGUACGGUAGUAAAACAGCAUUGUCAGGCAUUGAAUUAUUCCAAGAUUCGCAUACAGCAUAUGCUAACAAUACAUUGAAUCAACCUGGAUGUGAUACUGAAUCGACGUCACUUUUCUCUUCGUCUGUUCUGUCGGACAAUGGGUGGUACAAAGGAUUAGAUUCAGAUAGUUACAUAGCUGCUAACUACCAAAGUGACUCUUCUCCAUUACCGACAGUUCAAUUCUAUCCUAACAUUCAAGCGGUGGGCGAUUUUUCAAUUAAAAUGUACACACCGGGUUGUCUUGCAGAUGGUACCUGCGAGUCAAGAUCCAUUGUAAAUGUGACAGUAUUGGAUCCAACAGAUGGAACAGUCUUAUCUACACAAUUAAUUUAUCAAAACAACAAUGAAAUGAAAUAUGACGAAAUUUUCAAUGGGAAAUUAACAGUUUCUCCAGAAAUCACAUUAACUUUUUAUUCUACUAUCCUACCAGACUUGGAUUCAGCUAUUAUAGUAGCUGAUAGAGUAGAUCUGACCCCAACAUAUAUAAAUGUUGAUGAUAUAUUAUUGGAUUCUAAUUUAAAAUCAACUUCAUUAAAAUUGAAUGGUUUAUUUCAAUAUCAGCUAUCUAAUUUCACUUCCGACACGAAAACCAAAGUUGGUAACAAUUCUAUUCACCAACUAGCAUUGUCACAAUUUCCAUCAUCGGUAUCAUUAAUCGGUAAUACUUUCAAUAAUAGUAUUUUCCUUGCGGGAUCAACAAGCAAUAUAGUUCAGCUCCAGUUAAAUUCAGAUUUGGAACUUAGGAAUACUGUUGUUGUUGAUAAUGGUGGAGAAACUACCAGAAUUGAAAAUUACUCUCAAGGACUUUUAUUUUUUGGACAAUACAACAUAUCUUCCACCAAUGUUGUUGAUAAUUUAUCAUUUAAUGGAACAUUUUCAUCUUUCAGUCAAUUAGGUGACAACGUCACCACCUUCGCAAAUUUUACUUAUGAAGGCUCAGAACUGUUAUUUUUUAACAAUGAUUAUCUUUAUAAUGUUUCCUCGGAAUCCUAUAUCUAUAAUAAUACGAUGUUUACAGCCUCGGUAUUGGCAACAGGUGCUAAUUCCAAUAAUGAUACAUUGCUAUUAGGAAAUAUUGUGAGAUCGGAAUAUAGCAAUUUUAAUGAACCAUUGAAGUUAUAUGGAAAUUCUAGUUUAGAGUCAUUGACAUUUUCUUCUAGUAUUGUUCCAUACGCUGCAGUGUUUUUAAAUGAUACUGCAAAUCUAUAUGCAUACAAAGAUGGAGAAAACAGUAAAAUAAUAUAUGGUAAUAACAUGACAACUUCGUUGGAUUUCUCCGGUACUUUAAAUAAACUUUCAUUUUCUAAUAAUUCUUCAUUACUUUUUGCAAAUGCAAUUACUAAUAACGGUUCUUCCAGUCUAGUUAUAUCUAACAUUUCUGAUGGAAUGUCUCUGGCUAGUGAAAAUUUGAAUAAUUACGGAUAUAUUACUUCCAUGAUAGACUUUAACAGUAAUAACACAAUUUUGGUCUCCGGUAAUUUUACCUUGGAUGACGUUGAUUGUCAUGGUAUUUGUUUAUAUAAUUAUUUUACAAAAAAGUGGUCAGCAUUUGCAAAUAGCACAAUUAAAGGGUCGAUUGUAGAAAUGCAGCUAUGGAAUUCUGACCAAAUUCUAAUUUCAGGUUUAUUUAGUGCACAAAAUUAUUCAAGCAUAACAUUAGCUAGCUUGGAUAUAAAAGGUUAUAAUAUAUCAGUAUUAUCUGAUGACUCUAAAAUUGAAAUCAGUUCAUUUAUACAUGAUGGACAAAGUAUUACUGUAUGGAGUAACGAUACCAUAAUGGAAUACAAAUCAGAAAAAUGGAAUGAGAUUAGUUUUCCUAACACAACUUCAAAGUAUAUAGAAAGUGUUGAAGCUGUUUCUAUUGACUUACAAAAUUCUACUUCAAAUGUAUCAAAAAUAUUAUUUGCAUAUGGGGAGUUUAAUUCUACCCUAUACGGACGUUUAAAUGCAAUGUUGUUCAGAGCUGGAGACUGGAAACCAUAUUUUUCUAUCAACAACUUUCAAGUCAAUGAAGAUCCUGCCAUUACUUUAUUUGAAAACAGAGAUCUCUCAAGUUUGUUUAACUCUAAAAAUUCCUUGCCUGCGAAUAUAACUUCUGCCGAGACAUCUUCCAGAUCAACUGUAAGUUCGGCUACCGCAACUACUGUCGUGAACAAAAUUGAAGGUAAACAUUCUAAAAUUGACCGUGGAUUUGUAGUUCUCAUUGCCUUAGCUUUAGCGGUUGGAACUGUAGCAUUACUUGGAUUAUUUGGAGUAACAAUUGCAUAUAUAUUUAGGGAUGAACAGAAAUAUGAAUCAAUUAAGCCACGUAUAGAUGGACAGGAAAUGUUAGAUACAGUUCCUCCAGAAAAAUUGAUGAAAUUUAUUUAA